AUGUUUUUGAAGUCUAUUGAUGCUUCUGAUUAUGUGAAGACUGGUGAGAAAUUAUUUGAGCUUCUUGAUGAUGUUGUCGAGGAAAUUGGUGAGCACAACGUUGUUCAAGUUGUAACUGAUAAUGGGAGUAAUUAUGUUCUUGCCGGCAAGUUGCUGAUGAAGAAAAGGCCAAAUUUGUUUUGGACUCCUUGUGCUGCCCACUCCGGCCAUUUUCUAAAUCCCGAGUUGUUUUAUGACAACCCUCGGAUUGAGCUAUAUUUAGAAGUUACAAAGGGGUGGUUUGAGUGCAUCACUAGAUUGGUGCCAAGUCAAGCUGUGCAACAAAAGAUAUUGGAGGAGCAAGCACUAUACAAGGCCGGCUAUGGACUUUUUGGAUCAGAUUUUGCAAAAUCUCAAAGGAAAAAGAUUUCACCCGCAUUUUGGUGGCGGACAUAUGGGCAUGAAGCUCCAAACAUGCGAGACCUUGCUAUCAAGAUCUUGAGCUUGACUUGUAGUGCUUCUGGAUGUGAGCGCAAUUGGAGUAUAUUUGAGCACAUUCAUACUAAGAAGAGAAAUAGGCUUGAUCAUGAAAGGAUGGAGAGUUUGGUCUUCAUAAAGUAUAACCAACAACUCAUCGAGAGGUACAACCUUAAAGAUGAAGUUGACCCUAUUGCACUCAAUGAUAUUGAUGAGUGUAAUGAGUGGUUAGUGGGAGAAAUUGGGACAGCCACCUUUCGAGAUGAUAGUGUGGAUGAUGAUGCUGAUUUGGUUCAUCAAGAUGACAACACUUUGAGUUGGAACAUUGUUUUUGAAGCAAUGGGAGGACAUGAGCCUACAACAAAUACUAGAAGACAACAAAAUAGGAAAAGAAAAGAACCUGCAACUGCAAGAGGUGGUGCAAAGGGUGGACCAAGUGGGUCUAAAGCUUCAAAAAAAGGAAAAGGAAAGGCAGUAAUUGUGGAAGAGGAAGAACCAAAAUUUGAAGAUGAAGAGGAUUCUGAAAAUGAAGAAGAACAAGAAGAGGAGAUUCAAUUUAAUGAUACCGAAUCAGAGGAUGAUGAGGGGGCAGAGAGACAUGAUAAUAAUCGUGCUAAUUUGGAUGAAUUUGAUGAGAGCUAG